AUGUUCACUAAUAUUCAGUCGUUAUUUGUAUUCAAUUCGUGGGCUAUCAUAUUACCCUGUAUAUUAUACGCCGUUUACAGAUAUUUUGCGCGAAACUUUGACUACUGGGCCAAACGUGGCAUACGGGGCCCGAAACCUUACAUUGGUUUCGGCAAUACUUUGCAUAAGUUUCUGAACCAAACCACUGAUCUGGAGGUCCAAUGGAUUUACGAAUUCGGCAAAAUAUACGGCAUUUUUGAAGGCAAUCGACCCAUACUAACGGUGGCGGACCCGGAGCUCAUCAAAAGCAUUUUGGUGACAGACUUUCACCUGUUUAACGAUAAGGAGGCGAACCCUCUGUUCCACUCGAAAGCCCACCCAAUACUGGCCACGAAUAUUGAGGUAAAGGUGGGCGACGAGUGGCGCCGACAACGGGCGGUACUCUUUAAACUGAAUCCAUGGGACGAUACGAGUGAUAGGAAAGCUUUUGUAGGACACGCUAACGACGUGUUCACACCGAGUCGACUGCGCCUAUUACUGUCCAUACUAUUGCCGAAGUCGGUGCUCAACGCCCUGGGAGUGAAACACCCGGUGCGCGAGUCGGCCAAUGAGUACUUCUUUUCGAUGACCCGACAUAUAAUCGCUGAGAGAAAACGAAAUACAAACAGUAUUUCAAACGAUUUCAUAGACUUAGCCCUCAAUGCGGCCAAUAUUAACACUGAGACUGAUAGUAAAGAUGAGGAUGACCAGGAUAUUAGUGCCACGAAUGGCAAAAGUAAUGGCACGAAUGGUGUUACCAAUGGGGUCACCAAUGGGGUCAACCGGAAAAUCAGCAAAACAGGGGAUAGUUAUAUGUCUGAGGACGAGGCACUGGCCAACAGUUGGCUAUUCCUGAACAGUGGGUGCAAAGUGGUCGCCACAACCCUAUCAUUCAUAGCCUACGAGUUAGCCCUACAUCACAAUCAUCAACAAAAAGUAUACGAAGAAGUGAUGGCUGCCAUCGGAUCUGAUGACAAAGACGUAGACUACGAGUCCCUCUCAAAGAUGCCAUUCCUCGAGGCCGUCAUCAGCGAGUCAUUACGACUGCACACCAUUUCCAUACGUAUGAGACGUAUGCCUCUCACAGACUAUAAGUUAGGCGACACCGGUAUUACACUUAAAAAGGGCGAUACCAUAGAGAUCCCAAUAUAUGCGAUACACCACUACGAACAGUACUAUAGGAACUACAGUGUGUUCGACCCCUACAGGUUUAUGCCCGAAAAUAAGGACAAACUGGUGCCAAAUGCAUACUUUCCGUUCAGCUUAGGUAGCCGUCAGUGCAUAGCCAUGCGGUUCGUGCACCUGGAGCUCAAACUGACUCUCAUUAACCUCAUACUGAGAUAUCUAACCCGUAAUUUUGACUACUGGUCCAAACGAGGUAUACCGGGUCCUAAGCCUAUGAUUGGUUUCGGAAAUAUUUUGCAUAAAUUCCUUAAACCAAUCACUAGUUUGGAGGUCCAAUGGAUUUACGAAUUCGGCAAAAUAUACGGCAUUUUUGAAGGCAAUCGACCCAUACUAACGGUGGCGGAUCCGGAGCUCAUCAAAAGCAUUUUGGUCACAGAUUUUCAUGUGUUUAAUGAUAAGGAGGGAAACCCUGUGUUCAACUCAAAAGCCCACCCAAUACUGGUUCGCAAUGUGGAGUCCAUGUCUGGUGAGGAGUGGCGUCGGGUGCGGACAGUACUGUCGCCCACUUUCUCGGCCUCACGGAUGCGUAAAAUGUUUGUCCAAAUGAGGAAAUGCGUGGACAGUAUGGUAACAGAGUUGGACACCCGGAUCACCACCACAUCCCAAUCCUAUACUGAGGUCAACAUCAUUGAUGUCUUCGACAGAUUGUCGGCAGAUAUCGUCACAACGUGUUUGUAUAGCUUUAAACUGAAUCCAUGGGCCGAUACGAGUGCUAAUCAGUUUGUGGUGAACGUCAACCACGUGUUGACCCCGAGUCGACUGCGUCUAUUGCUGUACAUAAUGUUACCUGAAUAUAUGCUCAGGGCCCUCUGCAUCAAACACCCGGUGCUGGACUCUGCCAUUGAAUACAUCAUUUCGAUGACCCGUCAUAUAAUUGCUGAGAGAAAGCGAAAUACGAGUAAUAAUUACAACGAUUUCAUAGACUUAGCCAUAAAUGCGGACAAUAAUAAUAAAAAGCUGAUGAGUCCGGGCUCAAAUGGUGUUAAGAAAGGCAUCAAAAGAGGGGACAGUUAUAUGUCUGAAGACGAGGCGUUGGCCAACAGUUGGAUAUUUCUGAACAGUGGGUGCAAAGUGGUGUCAACAGCCCUGGCAUUCCUGGCCUAUGAGUUAGCCCUACAUCCCAAUCAUCAGCAAAGACUAUACGAAGAAGUGAAGGGCUGUGUCGGCACUGGAGAUAAGGAAAUAGACUUCGAGUCCAUAUCUCAGAUACCUUUCCUCGAGGCCGUCAUCAAUGAGUCUCAACGCUUGCACACCAUUUCCAUACGUAUGAGACGUACGGCAGUAGCCGACUAUAUGUUGGGCGACACCGGUAUCACCAUUCGUAAGGGCGAUACGGUUGAGAUCCCGGUGCAUGGGGUACACCAUUAUGAGCACUACUACUCCAACUCCAAUGUGUUCAACCCCUACAGGUUUAUGCCCGAAAAUAAGGACAAACUGGUGCCCAACACAUACUUCCCGUUCAGUUUAGGUAACCGUCAGUGCAUUGCUAUGCGAUUCGUGUUACUGGAGCUCAAGACUACACUCAUUCACCUCAUAAUGAGGUAUAAAUUUAGUGACGACUGUCCACACCGACCGUCCCCUACGACUACUGUCCAGUAUUUUCCAUCACUCACCACAACGCCUACUGUUAGGCCUGGAAAGACGUGUUACAGACAAUUAAUUUUGAAUGUACCGAGGGCUAAUUUCCCAGAUAAAUAUUUACCCAGUUAUUUUAAUAUUAUC